CUCGGAAUGUAUCACUGAACGAACCAAAUAUCAGUGGAGCAAAACACAAACGCUCGACUGGACUGUAGCUGUUGUUUUCUACAUUUGUUUUGUCUCUUUUCAUGUUGUCAUAAUGUCCGACGAGGAAGAGGACUAUAUGUCUGAUGCUUUUCUCAGUCAAAUACAAGAUGUGAAACCCGGAGUCAGCAUGGUGAGGCGGGUAAAAGAAGCAAUGAAGAAGGAGACGCAGCACGUGGAGAAGAACAUCAAGAACCGCCAGAAGACUUACAAGGAGCAGGAAAAGGAAAGUCGAGAAGUGGCCUUACAGAGCUCCAUCAGCAAUGAGAAUAAGGGAUUUGCACUUCUGCAGAAAAUGGGUUACAAAGCUGGUCAAGGCCUUGGGAGGCAGGGAGCAGGCAGGGUUGAUCCAAUUCCUCUAAACAUCAAAACAGACCGAGGUGGCAUUGGAAUGGAAGAGGUGAAGAAAAGAAAAGCUGAGGAAGAACUUGAACAUUAUCGACAGAAAGUACGAGCCAAACAACAGAAUGAGACCAGAACUCUGGAAGAUUUUAGGUCAAGAGUAAGGACGGAGAGAGAGGAGCGUAAGAUUGAGGGAGAUCUCAGAAGGAGUCAGCGAGCCUGUGAGCAGCUUGACAGUCAGAAGAGCAUCACUAUUCCCAGAGAAGACUGGUACUGGCCGAAAGCAGACGUUGAUGAAGAGGAAGAUAGUAAUGAGGAGGAGGAGGAGAAGGAAGAGGAGGAAGAGGAGAUUGUGGAAUUAACAUCUUUUGACAAACUGCAAAUCUUGACAUCCUAUUUGAGAGGAGUCCAUUUUUACUGCAUAUGGUGUGGGACCACUUAUAAUGAUGAAGAGGACUUGUGUUCUAAUUGUCCCGGGGAUACAGCAGCAGACCAUGAAUGAACUUCAUUUUUUUUACAUGUGCUGUAGUUCUUGGUGAAAUCACAGUCACAAACCUUUGACCAUGUAAACAAUAUAUUUUUGAGUGAGUAUUUAUAUUUUGAAAAGAUCCACUGUGUUUUCAUUAGAUGUUUUAAGACUUCUACCUUGUUAAUUUACUGUUUUAGUUUACCAACUUAAAAUGCUUUAAAUGCAAAUAAAUUGCUUUGGGUUUGAAUCAUUAUACCUGCAAACUCCGAGGUAGCUGUGA